AGUAGGCGCGAGCUGCAGUUCCCGUGUACUGCCCUCCUGGGCACCACGCUGCCGCUGCCAGGCACUGCCCCGGGUGGCGUGCAGUCCACGGUCUGAGUUGGCGGCUUCCCCUCGAGACAUGGCGGCGAAAGUGGACCUCAAGACCUCCAGCGAUUGGAAGGAGGCAAAAGCUUUUCUGAACUAUCUGAGCGACCAGCAGAGGGAGGAGCAUUUUUUCUGUCAAGACUUCAUCACCUUGAAGAAAAUACCAACCUGGAAGGACUCAGAGGUAAACGAGGCUACAGACGAGGUGGUGAAAUCCAGGUACCAGGUGGACAAUGUCCUGAAUGAGAAGAUCUCCCUCUUCCGGGGAGACAUCACCAAGCUCCAGGUGGACGCCAUCGUGAACGCGGCCAACAGUUCCCUGAUGGGAGGUGGCAGCGUGGACGGCUGCAUCCACCUGGCGGCGGGGCAUCUGCUCAAGGAGGAGUGCCGGACCCUGCACCGCUGUGAGACUGGCAAAGCCAAGAUCACCGGGGGCUACCACCUGCCAGCUAAAUAUGUCAUUCACACCGUGGGCCCCGUGGUGCAGGGAGACCCGAACCCCAGCCAAGUGCAGGAGCUUCGCAGCUGCUACCUUAACAGCCUGCAGCUGGUGCUCGACAACAGCCUGAGGUCGGUGGCCUUCCCUUGCAUCUCCACCGGCGUCUUCGGGUAUCCCAGUGAGCCGGCGGCCGAGAUCGUUGUGGGCACUUUCCGAGAGUGGCUGGAGAAGCACAAGAAUAAAGUGGAUCGCUUGGUGAUCUGUGUAUUCCUGGAGAAGGAUGAGAAGAUAUACCGCAAGCUGUUGCCUUAUUACUUCCCUGUGGCCUGAUGCUGUUUCUCCUCACCCCCCGAGUCCUAUCUCCAGGGGAAGGUUUCAACAUCACUAUGAGGACGUUCCUGUUCAUCCUAUCCAAGUUGCCCUUAUCCUCACCUGAGACCAUCAGUUGUUUUUUCCAUCUGACCCUCCUUCAGGAAUGAGGCUUUCACACCGCUAUUCAAUAAAGGGUUCUGCUCAUAAAAAAAAAGUAAAUAAAAUGAGGGUAAUCAUA